AUGCAGCCGCGAGCCGGCGGGAAGGAGGAGGAGGAGCACGUGCUCGUGCUCGACUUCCUCGACAACACACGCGGCAAGAAGAGCAAGAACACGGGGUUCAUGCUCGCGCCGCCGCCCGCACUCACACCUGCGGCAGUGAAGAAGCUCAUCGAGAAGCGGAACGAGCGGUUCGCUCAGUCUGUCGAUGAAUUAUUGUUGGCUACACCCGAGGACGAAGACCCCGUCCUCCUGCUCCAAGCCGCCGCGCACGACCACAUCCCCGUCAAUCCCUCCUCAGGGAAGAAGGCCCCCGAAGCGUUCGGCGAUACGAAGGGCAAGGGCAAGCAGGUCGUCCCGGACUGGAAAGACCGGCCGUCGAUCAACGAGAUUAUCGACGAGAUCCUCAAUGAGGGGUGGUAUAAAGACCAGAUUGUAGACAGGCGGACGUUCGAGGCGCGUGAGGGGCAGAUCGGGGUCCUGGACCCGCCGUUGUCGGAGAGUAUACGGCAAGCGUUGCACUCGGCGAGGAAUAUUACUGAGCUGUAUACUCACCAAGUUGCUGCUAUCGGUGCUCUAUCUCAAGGCAAGGACGUCAUCGUAUCCACCAGCACCGCGUCCGGGAAGAGUGUCAUAUACCAGGUACCGAUACUUCGCUUCUUAGAAGAUGACCCCGCCUCAACCGCACUGCUUAUCUACCCCACCAAAGCGCUCGCGCAAGACCAAAAAGCCGCACUCCAGCGUCUGCUCAGUGCGCACCCCUCCCUGUCCCACAUCAGAAUCGCCACGUACGACGGGGACACCCCGCAAGACUCCCGGCGCGAAAUCCGCGACACCGCCUCCGUCAUCUUCACCAACUUCGACAUGCUGCACGCGUCGCUCCUCCCGCACGAGGACCUCUGGCGGCGCUUCCUCAAAAACCUGAAGCUCGUCGCGGUCGACGAGCUGCACUAUUAUCAUCAGCUGUUCGGGAGCCACGUCGCGAUGGUGGUGAGGAGGUUUCGGAGGGUGUGCGCGGCUGUGGGGAAUCGGAGGGUGAGGUUUGUUUCGUGCAGUGCGACGAUUGCGAGUCCGGGAGAGCAUAUGCGUAGGGUGUUUGGGUUGGAGGAUGUGGAGGAGGUGACGGAGGACGGGGCGCCGUCUGGGCGGAAGGACUUUUUGAUUUGGAACCCACCACCCGUAGACCCUAUGGAUCCGAGUCUCGGGCGGCAUAGCUCGCUUUCGGAGGCGACGGGCUUGAUGAGGUUCUUGAUGAAACGCGGCGUGAGGGUCAUCUUGUUCUGCAAGAUCCGGAAGACAUGCGAGUUGGCAAUGAAAACGCUGCGCGCAGAUCUGAGUAGUGAAGGUCGGCUGGACAUACUGAAUAAGGUCAUGUCUUACAGAGGAGGGUACUCGCAGGAGGAUCGACGUAAGAUUGAAAGAGAUGCAUUCUCAGGCCACCUUCUUGGGAUUGUGGCUACCAAUGCCCUCGAACUUGGUGUGGACAUCGGGGUGCUGGAUGCCGUGAUAAUGCUGGGUUUCCCGAUCAGCAUAGCGAGUUUCAGGCAACAAGCAGGGAGAGCGGGACGGCGCGCUCGAGAUGCCCUGACCGUUCUGGUCGCGGACUCACUGCCGAUUGAUCAGCAUUAUGUGCUUCACCCGGACGAGUUAUUCGAGAAGGGAGUGAAGGACCUCGUGCUAGACCUGGAAAGCAAACCGAUCGUUGAAGCGCAUCUACAGUGCGCUGCCCAUGAAAUGCCCCUAAGGUUGGAGGACGAGAAGUGGUUUGGUCCUUUGACGAAGGAACUAUGCGAAACGAAACUCUCCGAAGACAAGGAUGGCUGGUACCACGUCCACCCGAAGUAUCUUCCCUUUCCCGCGAAGCACGUUAGCCUCCGCGGAGUUGAGGAAGAGAAGUACACGGUUGUGGACAUUAGUCACUUCAGUAGCUCCGGCAGCGUGGGUCGUAUCGUGGAAGAAGUGGAAGUAUCAAGAGCGCUCUUCGAGCUGUAUGAAGGCGGCAUUUUUAUUCACCAGGGAUUGACGUUCAUGGUGCAAGAAAUCAGCCAUGACUCCAAGGUGGCCAAGGUCGUUCGCGCCGAUGUCAACUGGAUCACGGAGCCCAGAGAUUUCACGAACGUGGAUGCAGUGCAAACUUAUCGUAUCAGAGAAAUCCGAGGUUCCAGCCACCGCGCAUUCUUUGGUCCAGCUUGCAUCAGGAACAAGACCAUUUUGGAUGCGGUAGAUUUGGACACGCCACCAUGGCAGCGGGAGACGACCGGUGCAUGGAUCGACGUGCCGAAAAGUGCUCUGGAGCUGAUGCAAGACCGAAGCAUCAACGCAGCUGCAGCCAUCCAUUCUGCGCAACAUGCGUAUCUAAACCAGUUCGCUUUGGGCGCGGAUCUCAGAACGGAAUGCAAAGUACCAGAGAAGGGAUACAAAGCCUCUGAAUCGCAGAGGAAACGUCCCGCACGACUCAUAUUUUACGAUAUUCAUGGUAAGGGGGGCGCCGUCGCUGCGAAAGCAUUCGAUCAUGUUUCAGAUGUGCUACGAAGUGCGGUAGAACGCGUGGAGUCAUGCCCAUGUGAAGAGGGUUGUGCUGCCUGUGUCAACAGUCCGUCAUGCAAAGAGGGCAACGUCGUGUCCUCCAAGCUGGGAGCCCUCUUAAUUCUCAAGACCAUCUUAGAAAUGCCCAUAGAUCCAAACGCAUUCCAAGACCAGUACGAGAGCCCUGACGAAGCUCAUCAAACAAUCGUACAGGCGUCAUUUGUCCGACCUGUCGAAGGAGUAGAGGUCGAGGCAGACUGA